UGUUUUAAGCAUAGAAAACACUAAAACACCAUUAACCAUUCUUGUCACUAUGGCUACCAAAUCACUCUCUAGCAACUCAUACUCGUUCUCUAAAAUGAACAUCGAUGAAGACGAAUGGGUUGAAAACAUGCGUAAAUCCAUGGUUGAACACGACGAUGAAAUGAUUGGCAAAAUUCCCGUAUGUAUCUUCACAGUCCCUCAAGUACUUCUUGCCACUGACCCCGAAUCCUACAUCCCACAACAAGUCGCGUUAGGCCCUUUCCACCAUUGGCGCCCAGAGGUCUACGACAUGCAAAGGUACAAGCUUGCUGCCGCAAGAAGAACACAAAAAUAUAUGAAUGUGAGCUUCGAACGAAUCGUUGAGAUAAUGAAGAAAGACGACGAGGCUAGAAUUCGAGCUUGCUAUCACAAGUUUCUUGAUAUGUCCGCUGACGCGUUGGUGUGGAUGAUGGCAGUUGACAUGGCGUUUUUACUCGAAUUCCUUCAAGUGUACGCCAUGAAAGAAGAAGGUCGGGUUCUUGAGAAAGUUACAUCAUCUAUGUCUCAUGUGGUGGAUGUUACAGGGAAGAAGCUGUCUCAUAUGGCGAUUCUUCGAGAUGUGGUGAUGGUGGAGAAUCAGAUACCCUUGUUUUUAAUCAGGACGAUGAUGGAACACCAGUUAAGGAAAUUAACAGGUGGUCAAGUGAAGUCAGCUGAUGAGACGUUGAAGACAAUGCUCAUGGGGUUGUACCAGGAGCUCACUCCGUUUCAUGAACAACAGUUGCCGGAUGUUGACAUCAAUGACUGUGAUCAUCUUCUCGACUUUCUUUACCACAUGACCGUGCCCAACAACAAGGAACUCGGAAUCAUGGAGGCUGAGAUUGACAUUGAAAACGAACAAAUCAUCGAGUUACCAGAUGGAGGGGAAAAAGAAGAAGAAACUUUCGCAAAAAAAAGUGAAGUUCGAAAAGUUAUGAAUUACAUAUGGAACCUCCUCUCGAAAUCAAACGCAGGAUUAGUAAGGCUUUUCAAGAAACUCAUUUUUGGGAGGCCUAUGACUUUGUUGAUGAAAUUACCAUGGAAGAUCAUAUCUAAUCUUCCUCUACUCAAACUCAUGAAAGAACCCAUGGAGCGAAUGCUCGAGAAGUUUAACGGUGAAGGAGAGGAGAAAGAAAAAGAUGCAAGUGGCGAGCCGAAGGCGCCAACGAUUGAAGAGAUCAAAAUCCCUUCAGUUACGGAACUAGUAAAAGCUGGAAUCCUUUUCUCACCCGUUAACGGGGGGAUAUUAGAUAUGAGUUUUGAUAACAUAACAUCUACACUUUACCUCCCGGUGAUUGAUCUAGAUGUGAACACAGAGGUUUAUUUGAGAAACUUGGUGGCGUACGAAGCUUGUGUAGCAGCGGGACCAUUGGUGUUGGCUCGUUACACUGAGUUGAUGAAUGGGAUAAUCGACACGGAAGAAGAUGCAAAGUAUUUGCGAGAAAGAGGGAUAGUUUUGAACCAUUUGAAGAGUGAUAAAGAGGCUGCGGAUUUGUGGAAUGGAAUGAGUAAAUGUGUGAAAUUGACGAAAGUGCCGAAGAUGGAUAAAGUGAUCGAAGAUGUUAACACGAGGUAUAGUAAAACAUGGCGGGUGAAAAUUGCGAAUUUCAUGAACAAAUAUGUGUUUGGAUCUUGGAAAUUCUUAACGAUUUUUGCUGCGUUAUUUAUGUUAUUAUUGACGGGAUUACAAUCAUUCUGCUCCGUGUAUACUUGUUCUCGUAUCUUUCAUACGCUCCCAGAUAUCCAAGGAGGAUCGGAAUGAAACCACAGAGUUGUGCUAAACGUACCACACCUAUAUGGUUUUUACUCAAUGUAAAAAAAACAUGAAAGGUAAGUCUAGCCUCGCCCAAUUAAUUACUUGUGACUGUAAAUGUGUCUCGUCUGUGUGUGUAUGUCUAAAUUUAUUAUCUAUUUUGACUCUUGAAUUUUGUUUAUGUUUUAACUUUUAGGUAGAUUUCAAUUUAAGGUAUCUUGUAAAAUAUGUAUUAGUGUACAUUCCAAUGAUUGUGUAAAUUGUCAUAUCCCUUGUAUUUGUCUUGUAAGCUUGGUAUAUUAUCACACUGUAUGAUUUCUUUA